CCCAAAACCCGCCAGGUUUUCUCCUUUGGGACGUGCAUGGAGGCUGGGAAAGGGCACCCUCCACACCACACCCAUGGCCUGCAACAGCCUCUGCCGUCCCUGCGGACCCACCCCGCUGGCCAACAGCUGCAACGAGCCCUGUGCCCUGCAAUGCCAGGAUUCCCAUGUCAUCAUCAACCCUUCCCCUGUGCUGGUCACCCUGCCAGGACCCAUCAUGACCUCCUUCCCCCAGAACACCGCCGUCGGAUCCACCUCCUCGGCUGCUCUGGGCACUGAGCUCAAUGUGCAGGGACAGCCCAUCUCUGGGGGAUUUGGUGGCUUUGGUGGCUUUGGCUAUGGCCUUGGCUAUGGCCGUGGGUUUGGCUAUGGGCUGGGAGGCCUGGGCUGCUAUGGAAGAAGGGGCUAUGGCUCCAUCUGCUAA